AUGACCUACAUUAAGAUGGCAGCUAAUGACCCCGAGGCCACUGUGCUAGGCUGUAUCUCAGAGCUCUUGAACCCGGAAGAAUGCCACGAGCUCUACAUCCGGCUUGCCACCCCUCAGAAGGAUGCCCAGCGGCCGUCAGAAGAUGGGGACCUCUUCCCUGCCGGCCAAUGGGAAGGCAUAUCCGACAUGGACCAGUGCAAAGAAGGCCUAAAGCAGUGGCUGCAGAUGCAGAGAGGCGCCAUCGACUGGGACCGCCUGGCGCGAGCCCUGCGGCAGAUCGGGCGCCCCGAUGUCUCCAGGGAGCUGAAGAAGAGCCUCAAUAAGAACAGGAGCUUGGAACCCAAGUGGGACACAGAGGGAAAUCGGACGGUGGUGAUGGGUGCUCAGCCGUCGGCCCUCCUCGUUGAAAACAAGGCACCCACCCGCAGGAGCCGUUACGGGCCCAUCCACAAACACCGCAAAACCUUUGUGAAGGAGGGCAGCUGGGAUCUCAAGGCUUUCCUCCUCCAGUUGUUCCCGGUUGCUUUGCAGAACCUGACCCUGCAGCAGUGCAUCGUACCGACCGGCCGGCUGCUUGUUGUGAGCUUCCUGGCGGGGCUGGUCCUCUGGCUGAUUUCCAUGUAUUAUGUCAUUUGCUGGAAUCUGGGGCAAUGCCUCUUUGCCAGCGGCCUUCGCUACGGUGCGACCCCGGCUCGGCAGAACAUGAACUUGACGGUGAUUUGGAACAACCAAGCCGUUGAAGACUCUAUAGAUGACGAGGAGGACCCGGACAGUUCCUUAGAAGAGGAUGCUACAGAGGAUGAACAGUGA